ACAUAUAAUAUUUAUUACUUUGCAUCAGUGUUCCAUCGUUUUUCCAACGGUCUCUUGCAGCAGUAGCCUUCAUAACUAGAGCUGUUUGGAAGUUUUGCUGUGCAAAAAAAAAAGUCCCACCUACUAUAAACUAAUGUUAGUGAAGUGAGAUUGAUCAAAUCUAAACUCCUGUAUUUGAGGUUCAUUCAUACUCAUUUUCACAUAAAUGUUCAGAGGCAGUUAGUUAGUGCAGUUGAUCUGUGGAGUGAACUGGGUCAAACGAAGAAGUAAAUCUGUAGUCUGCUCCAGCACCUGGCUAGCAGCGGUGCCUACGUCAAGACAUGGCAGUCGACUACAGAGGAGGUCUUCCUAGCCUUUUCACAUCUGCCAGUAGGAAAGUGCCCUCCUCAGCCCUGCCUCAGAUGGUGGACGCACUCCCCACAGUCACCAUUUCCACCCCAGAGAGUUCCACGCUGGCAGCGCAGCCCCUUCCCCGGCUGAGCAUCGGGCGGAAGACCCUGGUGGCAGCUGCUGUGGGGGUCAUGCUGGUCCUGGUUCUGGUGGUCCUUAUCCCUGUGCUGGUCAGUUCUGUUGGCACAGGUGGAGUAGAUGAAAGCGCGAGCCACUACGAGAUGCUGGGUACCUGCCGCAUGGUUUGUGACCCCUUCUCCAGCACAGGCACAACAGGCACAGGUGUGCACACGGGUGCAGAUACAACUACUACGGGUCUACAGGUGGACAACGAGGCAGAUGUGAGCGAUCAUAGCAUUGGCCCACCGCUGCCUACCUACAGUGCUCAUGGUCCACAAGGUAAACCAGGACGUCCAGGCAAACCUGGGCCCCCAGGACCACCUGGAGAGCCAGGACCACCAGGGCCAAAGGGACCACCAGGAGAUGGUGUGGACAUAGUGCGGACGGGGAUACUAGGUUUAGGGGGUAAAGGAGCAGUUAGCACAACCACCUAUAACACCACACCUCGAGUGGCAUUUUAUGCAGGACUACGAAACCCUCAAGAAGGUUAUGACAUUCUGCGCUUUGAUGAUGUGGUGACUAAUAUCGGUGGUAACUAUGAGGGUGCAACGGGAAAGUUCACCUGCAAGAUCCCUGGUACCUACUUUUUCAUCUACAAUGUACUGAUGAGGGGAGGAGAUGGCACCAGCAUGUGGGCUGACCUAAUCAAGAAUGGUCUGGUCAGGGCCAGCGCCAUUGCCCAAGACCAGGACCAGAGUUAUGACUACGCCAGCAACAGUGUCAUCCUUCAUCUGGAUGCAGGUGAUGAGGUUUUCAUAAAACUGGAUGGGGGCAAGGCUCACGGGGGCAACAGCAAUAAAUACAGCACCUUCUCAGGCUUCAUCCUGUAUGCCGACUGAAGACUGGACAGGAUGUGGGCUCAGAGGUCACAUCUAUCCACCUGGCUCUCACUGUAAGGUUAAUGUUGCCAAUAGCCACUGAACCACAAUCACACUGUUGGUACAGAUGUUUAGGGUCAUGAUUGAUGUACUAGUAAUUAAGGCUGUGGAUCUGUGGCUAUUGGUAACUGUCUACCUCCUCAUCCAUACGUUCCUUAGUAUACAGGGUGUCUGUGCCACUAUUAAGAUGGCUGUGAGCAAUGUAGCAGUGACAGUCAGUGCUACAGGAUGUGUCGUGCUGAGAUGCAGUAACUAUUCUGACAGUGCAGACGGCCUCACCAUCAUUUCUGAGCUGUCAUCUCAAAGUCUGGAAGUUCAGUCGUGUUUUGUUAUGUUUGUGUGGUGUUUGUAUGAUAUUGUGUUCCGGUGACUGAGGAGAUAUAUUAUAUUUCAUCAAAGGAAAUUUGUCAAAUACUGGACACCAAAAUGAAAUUAUGAUUGUUUUCAAUGGCAGACAGUGUCACAAAAUGUGUCAUAGUGUGAUGAUUUGGAAAUCCAUGUAAUAUCAGUCCAUUAUAUCUGGCAUACUGUUAGUGUAUAAACUAUAAAUAUGAUAUUAAGCCUUGAUGUCUAUACCCAGGCUGAGUAGUAUCGACACUGCUUAUACUGUAAAUCCUAUUGUGUGGCUAUUAAAAUAAUACAGCUGUGUAUAGAUAGUACACUUACUACAUUAUGUAUUUAUUAAUGUGCACAUUUGUAAAAAAUGUAUUUAUUUAAACCAUGCAUGCAACAUCUGUAAAUGACCUGUAUGUUUCCCCAAAUGCUACAGACAGAUACAGUGAACUUAAAAGUUUAAAUAUCUAGAUGUGGCCUUGAGGAACAUCUGUUGUAAUUUUUUCAUUAAAAAAGGGGCCUUUGC